AAUUGGGUAAGCUUGGAUAACUAAGAUUUAAAUUACUGAUUCUACUAUUGGAAAUGGCUUCUGUCUAGCAAAAUUUCCUGAUAGUUCCAGAAAAGCACACACUUUCUUACUCCGGAAGAGCAUACCUUACCCAGAGAAGAAUGCUUUCGUUCUUUUGGAAUCCUGACAAGAGGAAACAGAGACAUUGGAACGGAGAGAGAGUCAGAAAUCGGAAAAUAGAGAUGAAAAUAACAAAGAAAAUCUUUGGCUCCUCAGCAAACAACAUAGCUCCAUCAAAAUCUAUCAAAUAUCCAGAAGCUAUAAUCUCCAAUGGCAGCAAGUUCCAACUGGGAUUCUUCAGCCCUGCCAGUUCUACUGAUCUUUACGUGGGAAUAUGGUACAACGGUAUUGACCCUGUAAAAGGCGUUAUAUGGGUAGCAAACAGGGAGAAGCCUCUGAAGGACUCCUCCGGAACGAUGAUGAUAUCUGAGGAUGGCAAUCUUGUAGUUGUGAAUGGGCAGGAGGAGGUUCUUUGGUCAUCCGAUGUUGAAAAGCUGACAGGUAAUAAUACAAUUGCUGAGCUUCAAGACUCUGGAAACCUGGUCUUGCUGGAUAAAACCACUGGCGUGAACAUGUGGGAGAGUUUCCAACAACCUUCUAAUGUUUAUAUGCCAACAAUGAAACUCGGUGUUGAUUUAAGAUCUGGUGAGAAAGUCCAGCUGACAUCAUGGAAAAGCCCUUCUGAUCCAUCUGUUGGUAAUUUCUCUUCCGGGAUCGAGCCUUUCGACAUACCUCAAUCCUUCGUGUGGAAAAAUUCUCAGCCAUAUUGGAGGAGUGGCCAGUGGAAUGGUCGGGUAUUUGUUGGACAACCAAAUAUGAAAUCUACCUAUCUUAAUGGGUUCAGACUUGAAGCUGAUAAACAAAAAGGAAUCUUUUAUCUUUUUUUUGUUCUUGGUGAUGCAUGGAAAGAAAAAAGUGAAGAAAUGUUGUUUGAUAGAAGGAGAACCACCACAACUGAAGUUAAACUCCAAGAGUUACCACUGUUAAAAUUUGAGGAAUUGGCAACUGCAACGAAAAACUUUAGUCUUGCAAAUCAGCUAGGGCAGGGAGGUUUUGGUCCAGUGUACAAGGGAACAUUGCAAAAUGGGCAGGAAGUAGCAGUAAAAAGACUGUCAAGUGCAUCAGGACAGGGAUUAGAGGAAUUUAUGAAUGAAGUAUUUGUCAUUUCCAAGCUCCAACACCGAAAUCUUGUAAGGCUACUAGGCUGUUGUGUGGAGCGAGAGGAGAAGAUUUUGGUCUACGAGUUCAUGCCAAACAAAAGCUUGGACACAUAUUUGUUUGAUCCAUUCAGAAAAGAAUUCCUAGAUUGGAGAAAACGAUUCAAUGUCAUUGAAGGAAUUAGCCGAGGUCUCCUUUAUCUACACAGGGAUUCUAGACUAUGGAUUAUUCAUAGAGAUCUAAAAGCAAGUAACAUCUUGUUGGAUGAAGAGUUGAAUCCAAAAAUUUCAGACUUUGGAAUGGCUAGGAUUUUCAGAGGAAAUGAAGAUGAAGCCAAUACUAGAAGGGUUGUUGGGACAUAUGGCUAUAUGUCUCCUGAAUAUGCAAUGGUAGGAUUAUUUUCAGAGAAAUCUGAUGUAUAUAGCUAUGGUGUAUUAUUACUAGAGAUUGUUAGUGGAAGAAGAAACACAAGUUUUGGUAAUGAUGAGGAUACUUCAAGCCUUCUGGAAUAUGCUUGGAAAUUGUGGAAUGAAGACACCGUUUUGGCAAUGGUAGAUAAGUUGGUUUGCAAUCCAUGCCACUGUAGAGAGAUUCUAAGAUGCAUUCAUGUGGGAUUGCUGUGUGUGCAAGAAAUGGCCAAAGAUAGACCAACAAUGUCCACCGUCAUUUCAAUGCUCAACAGCGAGAUUGUGGAUCUUCCUUCCCCAAAACAACCUGCUUUCAUUCUAAAACAGAUUGCAACAGAUGCAGAGUCCCCUUCUCAGCAUGGUCAACAGAGAUGCUCCGUAAACAAUGUGACUGUUACAAUUGUUCAAGGCAGAUAAGAUGCAAGUUUAGGUUCUUUAAAUUGUUAUAUAUAGUCUUUUAUUUUUUUUUUCUGUAAAUUAAAUUCCAAAUAAUCAAGAGCUAUCCUAAUCUUGGUAUGAUUGGAUAACUAAAAUAUAAAUUAUUGAUUCUACU